AUGUCUAAGGAAGAGCAAAAGCGCGCCGCAGAAGACGCCUCGUCCUCCGACGAUGACGUCGGACCUCUGCCAGGUCCUGCCGGAGGGGACAGCACCAAGCGCCGCAAAACGCUCCAAUAUGAGAAAUUGUACUUAGAUCAACUCCCGCGCGCCGACCGGUAUGUCAAGUCGCUCAUGCACCGCGACACUAUCAAUUUUGUGCAAGUCACGCCGCAUACCGACUUUGUCAUUACUACAUCAGUUGACGGUCACGUCAAAUUUUGGAAAAAGCAGUCUUCGAGUAUCGAAUUUGUAAAACACUACAAUGCGCACCUGAGCAUGAUUGUGGCUGUGGCCACAAGCGCCGAUGGCGCCUAUUUCGCCAGUGCAGCCGCGGACGGAUCCAUCAAGGUAUUCGAUGUGAUUAAUUUUGACCUCAUUCAUAUGUUCCAAGUGCCCUAUACCCCCCGUGCAUGUGCCUGGGUACACCGUCGUGGAAGCGUUGACACUGUACUGGCCGUGGCCGAGGAACACAGUUCCCACAUCCACUUUUACGAUGGACGUGAUAGUGAUGGUACGCCUCUUUUUUCUUCGACCAAGGUGCACAAGAAUCCAUGUCAUAUUCUUGCGUACAACGAACCCUACGACUGCAUUGUAUCAGCCGACACGAGCGGAAUGGUGGAAUAUUGGCAGCCUCGAGAGCCAUAUGUUAUGCCACAGGGCUUAUUCUCCCUAAAGUCAAACACAGAUUUAUUUGAGUUUAAAAGAACCAAGUCGGUGCCAGCAACACUGACUUUCUCUCCUGACUUUCAACGGUUUGCAACAACGUCCACAUGUGAUCGGCAGGUGCGAGUAUUUGAUUUCCAGCAUGGUAAGCUGCUGCGAAAGUACGACGAAUCACUUGCAGCCGUGCAAGAAAUGCAGCAGGCCAACACGACUAUUUACCAGCUGGAUGACAUGGAAUUCGGGCGCAGACUUGCUGUCGAGCGUGACAUUGAUGCCUCAACCUUACCUGGCCUAGGAGAUGCGGUAGCAAAUGCGAUCGGUGCAGGUACAGCGAACGCUGUGUUUGAUCAGAGUGGGAACUUUAUCAUGUAUGGAACCAUGUUGGGUAUCAAGAUGGUCAAUCUUAAGACCAACAAAGUGGCUCGCUUGCUCGGUAAGGAAGAGACAAUGCGAUUUAUGAAUGUGUCCUUGUAUCAAGGUGUCCCGAUAAAAAAGUUUACCACCAACAUCGCUUUGGCCGUGUCCAAUAACCCACUGGCAAAGCCAGAUGAACAAGAUCCCACGCUGUUUUGUACCGCAUUCAAACGCGCACGCUUCUACAUGUUCACGAAGAAUGAACCAGAUACAGAUCCCACCUCCAAGCUAGCCGGUCAGGACCGCGAUAUAUUUAACGAGAAGCCGACACGUGAAGAGCAGGCGAUUGCAAGUGAGAACCCUGGCGCAAAGAAAAAGCAUGUGAUCACAUCUGCUAUCUUGCACACAACGGCGGGCGAUGUUCAUCUCCAGCUAUAUCCUCAACUUGUGCCCAAGACGGUGGAAAAUUUUGUAGGUCUUGCCAAAAAAGGCUACUACAAUGGCGUAAUUUUUCACCGCGUAAUAAAAAAGUUUAUGAUUCAAACAGGCGAUCCACUUGGCGAUGGAACAGGUGGCGAGAGUUUAUGGGGUGGUGAGUUCGAGGAUGAGUUCGUGAAGGAACUGCGUCACGAUAGGCCGUACACCCUUAGUAUGGCAAAUGCAGGUCGCAAUACCAACGCAAGCCAAUUCUUCAUCACGACUGUCCCUACUCCAUGGCUUGAUAAUAAACACACUAUUUUUGGACGUGCCACAGGAGGCUUAGAUGUGAUUCACAAAAUCGAAAACGCGUCAAUCAACAAGUUCGACAAGCCGAAAGAAGACAUCCAAAUAUUUAGCAUUUCAUUGCAUUAA